ACUAAAAAGUUGAGUUUACGCCUCACCGUGUCAAACACACAGACACUCACAGCGACGUGCCAUCGCUUCUCCGGCGAUCAGUGACCGCCUCGCUGCAUCAACCACGCCGCAGCUGCAUCCCCGUCCCAUCUCUAUCUCGACCUCUCACUCUGCACACCCACACGUCUUCCAAUCUCUCUCUGCACGCGGCUGUCCGGCCGAUUCGCCGCUGCCGUUACCUGAUUCCGCGAUACUAGGCUAGUUGUACCUUCAAUUUGUCAAAUCAGGUGCAAAUCUAUUCUUCAAAUCAAACGGAUUUCUUCCAACAGUUUUUGCAGCAAGGAGCUUUGGGACGAUUGGUUAAGCCUAGGUGUGCGGGGAUUCUGGCCGGAUUCUCGAUGGGGGAGACCGUACAUAAGGCACUGUUUGAGACGCGACGUCAUGUUUCCAGACCUUACUCUUCCAAUUAUCCUCCGAAGCAACAGGUGACAGAUGGCGACGGGGGUGGUUUACUUUCAUAUCUUCCAUUUCGAGGGAUUACUAAACUCAAAGAGAAAUGGAGUGCAUACAGACAACCGCGAAGAUCAAGAAGAUUGGUGUCCUUGUUUGUGUCUGCUAGUGGUGAUUAUGUUGCUGUGGCUUAUGGCAAUCAAAUAACAAUUUUGCAGAAAGAAAAUGACUACCAGGAGCCUGUAGGAAUUUUGACAUGUGAGUCUGCCGGUAUAUUCACAUGCGGGACCUGGUCUGAGUCUCAUGAAUUACUUGGAGUUGUUGAUGAUACUGGUACCAUAUACGUUGUCAAACCAUACGGAGAAGAAAUGACAAGAAUUACGAAGAGGCAUUUGAAUUUAUCGUCGCCUAUUGUUGGCUUGAUUUUGCAAGAUGAUGCUUCUGAAAAGAAAUCUUACUUGUGUAGCUUCACAGUCUUUGCUGCAGAUGGUUCUUUUCAUGAUAUCGAGAUAUCAAAGGAUCCUAGUGCUUCCAUUUCUUCAGCUAAAUCCCUGAAUAAUUCAUCGAUGCUUAGACAAUUUCCUUCAGAAAUUUGCUGCUGGGACUAUCAUCCAGAACUUUCUUUAUUUGCCAUAGUCAGUAGCUCUACUGAUAGCAAAUCUGCCGUUAAUGAGAGUGCUGGAUCCUAUACUGUAUCUAUUUGGCGAAGAAAACAAACUUUGCAAAUGGAGCCAGUGGUUUUUAGUGAGUCUGAAGGUUCAUACCGUGUUACAAAAGGAUAUCAUGGCCAACUUACGUCUCCAAAAGUGCUGUUUUCACCUAAUGGAAACCUUGUUGCUUCCCUAGAUGUUAAAGGAUGCUUGUUCACUUUUAAAUUUGAUGAAGAUACAUGUUCUUUUUUGAGAACUGGAACAGAGUUCUUACAAGAUAUUGUGGAUUUUACUUGGUGGUCUGAUGAUGUACUUACUAUAGCAAAAACAAAUGGCACCAUCACCAUGGUUGACGUUCUUAAUCAUGUAAAUGUAUCGGGGAAUGAUAUUUCAUACUCAAUGCCCCUACUAGAAAGAGCUCAUAAGCACCCGGGGCUCAUAUUUGUUUUAGAGAAUAGCUCAUCUGAGGAUAGCAAUAGACCAUCUGAACAGAAAGGUGUCAUUGAUCGUCUCACAACAGAGAGGCCUGAUAAAUUUGACUUUUCAAAGCUGGAGUGGAGUUUAGUGUCGUUGACAAAAAGAUCUGUUAUUGAGCUUUAUGACAAUCUUAUUAGAGAUCAAAAGUUUCAGGCUGCACUUGACUUUGCUGAUUGUCAUGGGCUUGAUAAAGAUGAAGUGCUAAAGUCUCAAUGGUUAUCUUCCUCCCAAGGAGUGCAAGAGAUAAAUACUAUACUAACCACUAUCAAGGAUAAAGGUUUCAUACUCUCUGAGUGUGUAGAAAAAGUAGGACCAACUGAAGAUGCAACAAAGACUUUGCUUUCGUUCGGGCUUCGCUUAACAGACUCUUACAGAUUUUCUGAAUUGGAGGACGAUGAAAAUGAGCAGAUUUGGAAUUUUCGUCUCACAAGACUCAGGUUAUUGCAGUUCAGUGACAGGCUAGAGACAUUUCUUGGGAUAAACAUGGGCAGAUUCUCUAUGCAGGAGUAUAGUAGAUUCCGUGAAUUGGCCAUCAGCAAAGCUGCUAUAGUAAUUGCAGAAGGUGGGAAGAUUGGAGCCUUAAAUCUUUUCAUUAAUCGUCACCUAUAUUCUUUGGUUCCCUCCAUAUUGGAAGUUUUAGCUGCUAUACCUGAAACAAUACCUGUUCAAUCUUAUGGACAUCUGCUUCCUGCAACUUCUGCCCCCACACAUGUUGUUGUCAGAGAUGAAGAUUGGGUGGAAUGUGAAAAGAUGGCGAUGUUUAUAAAAAAUUUCCAUGUGAAUCAUGAGAGUUCUAUCCAAUUUAUUACUGAACCCAUCGCAAUGAAAUACCUGUCAUUUCAGUGGCCAUCAAUAUCUGAACUUUCUUCUUGGUACAAGAAAAGAGCUAGAGAUAUCGAUUCCUUAAGUGGCCAACUAGAAAACAGCAUGUACUUGGUUGAUUUGGCAAUUCGUAAGGGCAUAUCGGAGUUGAAAGAUUUCCUUGACGAUAUUCAUUGUUUGUUCCAACUUAUAUACUCUGAUGAAAAUGAAGAUGACACCAACUUUUCUAUGAAUCUUGCUAGCUGGGAGCAGUUAUCAGAUUAUGAAAAGUUCAAGUUGAUUAUGAUGGAUGUUAAAGAGAACAAUGUGAUUCCUAGAUUACACAAGAAGGGUAUUCCAUUUAUGCAAAGGAGGGUUAGCGUAUUGACUGGGGUUGAUGCUACUGUUGGUCAACUUACACCAGCUAAGUCUGCCGACUCAUUUCUUGUAAGAUGGCUGAAAGAAGUUGCUACACAAAACAAACUAGAAUUGUGCUUAAUAGUGAUUGAAGAAGGGUGCAGAGACAUGGCUGAACCUCCUAUAUUUAAAGACAAAAUGGAGCUUGUUGAUUGUGCCCUCAAAUGUAUAUACUUGUGCAGUGACGUAGAUAGGUGGAGUACCAUGUCCAAUAUUUUGUCUAAACUGCCACAGAUGCAAGCUGCGGAUAUAAAGAAAAGGCUUAAACUUGCAGAGGGCCAUGUUGAAGCAGGAAGACUAUUGGCUUGCUAUCAGGUCCCAAAGCCCAUUAACUUCUUUGUGAAUUCACACUUGGAUGAGAAGGGUGUAAAACAAAUUCUCCGUCUUUUACUUUCAAAAUUCGUUCGCUGGCAACCAACCCGUACUGAUCAUGAUUGGGCACACAUGUGGCGUGAUUUGUUAUCUCUUCAGGAAAAGGCUUUUCCUUUUCUAGAUUUGGAGUUUGUGUUGAUUGAGUUCUGCAGAGGAUUGCUUAAAGCUGGAAAAUUUUCUCUAGCUAGGAAUUAUUUGAAAGGUACCAGUUCUGUUACUCUGGCAACAGACAAGGCUGAGAAUCUUGUUAUUCAAGCUGCAAGAGAGUAUUUCUUCUCAGCGCCGACUCUUACUUCCCCCGAGAUCUGGAAGUCUAAGGAGUGUUUGAAUAUCUUCCCUAGCAGCAGAACUGUCAGGGUUGAGGCUGACAUUAUUGAUGCUGUUACAGUUAGACUUCCAAAUCUUGGGGUUAACCUUCUGCCUAUGGCAUUUAGGCAAAUAAAAGAUCCUAUGGAAAUAAUUAAGUUGGCAGUUACAAGCCAAAGUGGAUCUUAUCUAAACGUUGAUGAACUUAUUGAGAUUGCUAAACUUCUUGGAUUGAGCUCACCAGAAGAAAUAUCAAGAGUCCAAGAAGCUAUUGCAAGAGAAGCAGCGUAUACAGGAGACAUACAGCUGGCUUCUGAUCUCUGUCUUGCUUUGGCCAAAAAGGGCCAUGGUUGUAUUUGGGACUUGUGUGCUGCUAUUGCAAGGAGUCAAGCUCUUGAGAGCAUGGACUCAAAAUCCAAAAAGCUACUUUUAGGAUUUGCUUUGAGUAAUUGUGAUGAGGAAUCAAUUGGUGAGCUUCUUCAGGAAUGGAAAGAUCUCGACUUGCAGGACCAGUGUGAAAGUCUGACUAUGUUGACUGGAAGAGUGCAUUCCGAAUUAUUGGAGCAGAGUUCCAAUGAACAAGGUGAGUUUUUCGAGAGGAGAUACACAAGUGUUGAGAACCAGGAGCCACAAUUUGAAAAGUUGAAAAGUUUACUCUCUCUGGUUGUUCAAAAUCUGUCAUCUGAAAAUGGCUGGGAACACCUUUUUAAAGAGAAUUCGAAAGUAUAUUCUUUUGCUGCCUCAAAGCUCCCGUGGUUGCUCAAAUUGUCUGAGGAUGGAGAACUUGGGAAAAGUUUUACUUCAGAUUGGGUCUCCAGAUUCCAGCAUGUGAGUAUAAGGACAAGAGCAGUGAUGACUGUAUUAUCGUGGUUGACAAGGAGCGGUUUCGUCCCAAAGGAUGAUCUGAUCGCUUCUCUGGCUAAGUCAAUUAUGGAACCCCCCGUUUCAGAUGGGGAUGAUGCUAUAGGUUGCUCUGUGCUGUUAAAUCUCAUAGAUGCCUUUCAUGGAGCUGAAAUAAUUGAAGAACAACUGAACAUAAGAGAAAACUACAAUGAAUUCUCUAGUCUGAUGAACGCCGGAAUGAUUUAUAGUUUGUUGCAUAGUUAUGGUGUUGAAUGCAGGAAUCCUGCUCAAAGGAGAGAAGCUCUGACAAAUGCACUUCAAAAAAAACACAAGACACUCAAUUCAGAUGAGUGCACUAAAGUACACGAAGCACAAUCAACAUUUUGGAAUGAGUGGAAAAUCAAAUUAGAGCAGCAGAAAAAUGUAGCCGAUGAAUCGAGAAUAUUGGAGAAAUUAAUUCCUGGAGUAGAAAACUCUCGCUUUUUUUCUGGGGACAUGGAGUACAUACAGAGUGUUAUUUUUUCUCUUAUUGAAUCUGUUAGAAUCGAAAAGAAGCAAAUAUUGAAGGAUGUUCUCAUUCUUGCUGACACCUAUGGAGUGGACCGGAGCAAGGUGCUCCUGUAUUACCUUAGGACUAUACUUGUUUCUGAUGUAUGGAGUGUUGAUGAUAUUCUGGAGGAGGUUUCAGUAUAUAAGGAAGAGAUACUUGCUAAUGCUGCAGAAGCCAUAAUGUCCAUUUCUUCAUCCGUCUAUCCUGUAAUUGAUGGCCAUGAUAAGCAGAGGCUUGCAUUUAUCUACGAUAUACUCUCUGAUUGCUAUAAGCAGAUGGAAGUAUCAAAAGAGUUGCCUCCUGAAAUCGACCAAAAUCUAGUGCAAAGAAGUGCCCUUGAGCUAGCUACAUUUUGCAAAAUUGUUGGGAAAGAAUGCAGCAGGGUCUCCUUUAUUAAGAGCCUUGAUUUUAAAAAUAUUGCUCUGUUACAGACUCUGAACUUGGACUGCUUCAAUGAUGAAGUUUGUGCUCAGAUAAAUGAAAAUAAUGUGGAGGCAUUAGCAGAGAUGGUUCAAAACCUGGUUCAUAUGUAUGGUGAUAUUGUUCCUGGUAGUCUUUUGUCAUGGAGAUCUGUAUAUACUCGUUAUGUAAUGAGCUCUCUCAUCACUUUAGAGUGUAGAGCCGGAGAUGAGAUGCAUUUUCAAAGCUCUGAAGAUAUUAACUCUUUUAUAGAUGAGUUGGAGCAGUUGUUUGACAUAUGCAAAAAGUAUAUUAUAUUGAUGGAAUACCAAGAUAUGUUAGACGUAGUGCGACAUUUUUUCACUAUCAUCUUACCCAUCAAUGAAAGCUUGAGGAAAUUUCCUUGUGACACAAGUGGGAAAGAGUGCCUUGUGAAACUUAUAAACUUGUGGCUCAGGUUGAUGAAUGAUGUGGAAGAUCUGGUGUCACUGGAUUCUUCUGGAGAAAGGUUCUAUUCUGAAUGUUCUAUAAUAUGUCUGAAAGUUUGCUUGGAUUUGCUUGUAAAAGAUGUUGUAUUACCCAGUCAGGUUUGGUGCACAGUUGUUAAUUAUGUGGCGUAUGGUCUCGUAAACAGUGUUGCUACUGAAGUAUUCAAUUUUUGUCGAGCAAUGAUUUUUUGUGGCUGUGGGUUUGAAGCUAUAGCUCAUGUCUUCUCUGCAAUAGUGGAAAAGUUCCCACCCGGAACAUUGUUGAUAACAACCAGUGGAGAAUCAUCUGUUGACAUCCAGGAUCUUUCGAAACUCUAUCUAAGUAUACUUGAGACUGUCUUACAAGAAAUAGCUGGAGGUUCCCCUGAACGUCGGCGUUUGCAUUAUUUACUUUCGUCCCUGAGUAAAAUGGAAGGAGACUUGGAGCUACUGAAGAAAGUAAGGCUUGCAGUUUGGCACAGAAUGUCGAUGUUCUGUGACGAUUUGCAGCUGCCAAGCCAUAUCCGGGUAUAUUCCUUGGAGCUUUUGCAAUUUCUCUCCGGUAGGAAGCGAGAUUCGGAAGCUUUUUCUUCAAAAGGGUCUGCAUUUCUUCUGCCUUGGGAAGGGUGUGAUGAUUUGCAGGACAUGACUCCAAAACGCGAGAACAUUUCUGAUGACCCGACUGCAAAAGAUGCGCCCAGUAGAUUUACAAGUACCCUGGUGGCCUUGAAAUCGUCACAGUUAGUUUCAUCUGUCUCCCCUAGCCUCGAAAUUACCCCAGACGAUAUUAAUUCAGUUGAUUCUGCUGUUUCCUGCUUUCUACGAGUAUCAGAAUUGGCAAUUACCGCAUCUCAUGUUAAUGCUUUGUUGGCUGUACUGGCUGAGUGGGAGGGGCUUUUUACAACGAGAACAGAUGAAGGCACUUCUCUCGAUGCAUCUGAUGCUGCCAAUAACUGGGCCAACGAUGACUGGGAUGAAGGUUGGGAGAGUUUCCAAGACGAAUCAGUCGAGAAGGAAACUAAAGAAAGCAGUAUCCUCUUGAUUCAUCCUCUGCAUAUUUGUUGGAUGACCUUACUAAGUAAAAUGGUAGCGCUCUCGAGCCAGACUGACAUAUUAAGAUUGCUUGAUCAGAGUGUUGCCAAAAAUUGUGGAGUACUGCUGAAUGAAGACGAUACUCGUAGUCUGACUCAGACUAUACUCGAGUUGGAUUGCUUUUUAGCUCUGAAGAUAGCACUAUUACUCCCUUACGAGGCAAUACAAAUCCAGUGCUUGGAUGCCAUUGAGAACAAGUUGAAGGAAGGAGGCAUACAGGACGAUAUUGCGCAGGACCAUUUCUUCUUCGUCCUCAUUUUAUCAUCUGGGAUUUUGUCUAAAAUCAUAACAAAGGCUUCUUAUGGCACCACCUUCUCUUACCUAUGCUUCAUGGUUGGUAACUUGUGUCGGCAGUUCCAGGAGGCACAGGCAUCACCUAUCAGACACGAUGGAGCUACUGGAGAGGAGAGGAACAAAGGAUUCCUCUUCGUGAGACUUAUCUUUCCUUGUUUUGUGGCAGAGCUCGUGAAGGCUGAUCAACAUGUUCUGGCCGGCUUUCUGGCUGUAAGAUUCAUGCACACGAAUGCUUCACUCAAUUUAAUCAACGUUGCAGAAGCGAGUCUCAGGACGUAUCUGGAAAGGCAGGUUCUUCAACUGCAGGAAAAGGAGUUAUUGGAGAAUACCAGCAUCUUCGAACCUCUUUCGAAUACAGUUAGCAAUUUCAAGGGCGGGUUAGAAAAAUUGUUGCAAUCUGCUCUGUCUUUACUGCCAAGAGAUGUUAGGUAACUGGUGGAGAAGUCAUGUACACAUGUUCUAUAGUUUUACUACUUUGCUCAGAAUUCCACAACUAAAAAAGAAUUGUGGUCUGUUAUAUACAGAUUUUAUAAUAGCGACGAUGAAUUUAUGUUUGCGUUUUACAGAAUGAAAAUCAUUUUGGGGCGGGACGAUAAUUUAUUUAUGUUUUUAAGUGAUGAA